CCAAACUUCAUCCAUCUACCAUCAAUCUACGCCCACUCUCAAACCCAAUCCAAAUAAUCCCUUUCUUUAUCAAGGCCGCUUUAGUCACUUUUGCGCGCCUCUUCUUUCAUCCUGAGUCUAUCAGACUUUAUUAUCCCACCUUUCGCGAUCACAUUCUCUUCGAUCCAACGCGACUUUCGCGCCUACGACGUCAAGACUUCUCGUCAGUCCUUAUUUGACCUCUUUGUCACACUUUCAUAAAACACACAUCAUAAUGUCUGGCAAGCUCGACCAAGCUCUCGACGACAUCACCCAGGCCCAGCGCCGUGGUGCUCGCCGUCGCUCCAACCCUCGCCGCGCUGCCGGACGCCCUGCUGCGGCCGCUCCUAUCGGUGGUAUCCAGAAGAACACCAAGCCCGCACGCGGUUCAGGCGCGAAGCCCGCUCCGGCCAAGGCCGCUCCCACCAACAGUGACAGCAAGAUCAUUGUGAGCAAUCUGCCUAAGGACGUCUCGGAGCAGCAGAUUAAGGACUAUUUCAUCCAGUCCGUUGGACCUAUCAAGCGAGUAGAGCUUGUCUACGGCCCCAACUCACAGAGCCGCGGUGUCGCCAACGUCACCUUCCACAAAUCCGAUGGCGCUAGCAAGGCCUUCCAGAAGUUGAACGGUCUUCUCGUUGACAACCGACCGAUCAAGAUUGAGAUCGUCGUCGGAGCCGCCCAGGCUGACAAGGUCAUUCCUACCGCCAAGAGCCUCGCUGAGCGUACUAGCCAGCCCAAGGCCCAGGCCAAGGCUCAACCCAAGUCCGCUGCCGCUGACAAGCACAACGCUGGUGCGGCCAAGGGAGCCGCCAAGGGAGCUGCUAACAAGAAGCGCCGUGGUCGCAGCAGCCGUCCCGCCAAGAAGACACAAGAGGAACUCGACUCAGAGAUGGCUGAUUACUUUGUCGCCCCUGCCGCUGAGGCUGCCGGCAACACUCCUGCUCCUGCUGCCGCGCCAGCUCCCACUGCUGAUGCUGAUAUGGAUGAGAUUGCUUAAACUAAGCAACUUGUAACGAUGGCGAUGAGGGAGAGUUAAUAAUAAAAUAUCACGAAGUUGGCUGAUGGCUGAUGGGAAGGAUUGCGAGUUUCGGUUGUCCAGUUUUGCUUCUGCAUUAGAUUACUUUAGGGAGUUAACGUAUCGAAUUUCCCCUACUUCUGAAUCCUUAAUACCAUGGGUUUGAACACAAA